AUGACAAUUAGCAUCAAGAGAGUCACAUACAAGGAUAAGGGAAAGGAUGUCAUGACAGUUUUCAUUCAAGAGGUACUGGAUCCAGCUUAUGGUUGUUAUGUGUGGCCAUCAGCGAUUAUAAUGGGAGAUUAUGUGUGGAAUCAGCGUCAUAAAUUUGCUAAUCGCACUGUAUUAGAGGUCGGGGCUGGUACAUCUUUGCCUUCACUUAUUUUGGCCAAGAUAACCUCGCCUCCUCGUUUAAUACUUUCGGAUCUUCCUGAACUCUUGCCAGUUAUUCAAGAUUGUCUUGCUUUGAACAAAAUAAAACCAUCUGAAGAUCAACUCUGGGUGCGUCCUUUGGUCUGGGGAGAACUUGGAUUGAAUGGAAUAGAUCAGUUGACCGAAGAAGUAAGCUGUUCCUGGGAUACCAUUGAUUAUAUACUUGGUAGUGAUACUUUCUAUGAUCCUGCAGAUUUUGAAAAAUUGAUUAUGUUGGUGUCUCAUGUAAUUCAUCGACACAAUAAGAAUUGUGUGUUCAUUACUGCGUAUCAGGAACGAAGCGCAAAGCGUAGUAUACAGUAUCUGUUAGAUAAAUGGUCACUUCAGUGCCAAUUAAUUCCUAAAGAAUCGUUUGAAUUGGAAAGCACAAGAGCCGAAGAUGUCAAUGUUCACUCAGGCACUCUGGCCAGCGUAUUUUUACUAGAGAUUAAAAUAAGACUAUAA